UUCAGAUAUGGCUUUGUCACCAUUCUGCUUGCGCAGUUUGCGGUUUCCUAGAGCGUGCAAAAUGUGCAUCCAAACUCGUAAAAUCAGUCUGGGUGCGCCACUGAUGCGAGCACAAAGCCCUCAGCCAGAACAGUCUUCACUAGAUUCACAAUCGGAUGCUUGGUUCGGCUACGAGAGUGUCCAGAAUAGCGAAGAGAAGCAGAGACGUGUGAACGAAGUGUUUUCCUCGGUGGCGAAGAAGUAUGACGUCAUGAAUGACGUAAUGUCUCUAGGAGUGCACAGGUACUGGAAGGAUGAGUUUGUGAGACAGUGCAAUGUACAAUCAGGCAUGAAAGUGUUAGACAUGGCAGGUGGUACUGGUGACAUUGCUUUCAGAAUAAGCAAGCAAUUUCCUGGUGCAGAAGUGACAGUCGGCGACAUCAGUGAAAAUAUGCUCAAGUUUGGCAGAAAAAGAGCCAAAAAGGAAAUUAAAAACGACGAAAACAGCAAACAAAUCACGUGGACCGUUGCCGAUGGGCAAAAUCUACCUUUUGAGGACAAUCAGUUUGACCUCUACACAGUCUCUUUUGGGAUCCGGAAUUAUGGCGACCUUAAUAAGGGUGUUCAAGAAGCGUACAGAGUUUUGAAACCUGGUGGGAGGUUCAUGUGUCUUGAGUUUUCAGACGUUGAGAACCAACUUUUGAAGAGUGUGUAUGACAGAUACUCGAUGGAUUUCAUCCCUGUGUUCGGAGCAGUUGUUGCGGGUGAUUGGGACUCAUACAAGUAUUUAGUGGAGAGUAUUCGGAAGUUCCCAAAUAAGACUGAAUUUAGAGAUAUGAUCAGUAAUGUGGGAUUCAAAGGUGCUACUUAUAACUCGUUUCUCUCCGGAGUCGCUGCAAUACAUUCUGGUUUUAAAUUGUAAAUAUAAUUUUGCUUAAGUUUGAUUAUGAGGAAAGUUUAUCGAUUUCAGUUUUAUUAAAUCCUUGCUGAGGAUGUGUACAGUUUAUUGCGUAUGCUUAAUUUUUCUAGUGUUGAUAUAAGAUACAUUAAAAUCAUCGUGUAUCUCUUCAA